GUUUUCCACCUCUCUACAGUCUCCAUCUCAUGUGUGACCAAAAACCACACCAUUUAAGAAGACAGAGUAUAGUCCCUCAAAUUCCAUAAUCUAUACAAUCUUUUUUCCUUUUUCUCCUUUUUAAAUAAUCUCAACAUCAUCAAUUCUUAUUUGCCUGCAACAUUUCAAAGUGUUACAAAAUGGCUCUCUAUACCAAAACACAACCAUACACAAAAACACUAACAAUAACCACAUUCAUUUUCUUCUUCCUUCUACUCACUCUUCCACACUCCACUUCUGCUUCCACUGAUUUCAAUGCUUCAACCUGUCUUCGAGUUUCUCCCUUGAAAUUUAUCGAUUCUGCCAAAGAAGUUAUCACCAUUCUAGAACGCGUCACCUCCAUUUUAUCAGGCUUCAACGUCUUCGGCCACUCUAGUCUCUCAAACGCCAUUUCCGAUUGCCUUGAAUUACUCGAUAUGUCCUCCGAACAACUUAGUUGGUCCAUGUCCGCCACACAAAAUCCCAAAGGGAAGGAUAACAGUACUGGAAAUCUAAGCUCUGACCUAAGAACAUGGCUGAGUGCUGUUCUUGUGAAUCCAGACACAUGUAUAGAAGGAUUAGAAGGUACAGUUGUGAAGGGUCUUGUAUCAAGUGCUCUUGAUCUUGUAAUGUCCUUAGUGAAGAGUCUUCUAGCUGAAGUAGAUCCUAGCAACGAUCAACUCGCAAUUUCUACCGGUUCUGAUCAAUUUCCUUCGUGGAUUAAUGACGAGGAUAAGAAGCUGUUGAAGGAAAAUGGAGUGGCUGCUGAUGCUGUUGUAGCGGCCGAUGGAAGUGGCGAUUACAAGAAGGUGAUGGAUGCGAUUUCGGAAGCACCUGAAUAUAGCAUGAAAAGAUAUGUUAUAUAUGUAAAGAAAGGUGUUUAUGUUGAAAAUGUUGAGAUUAGUAAGAAGAAAUGGAAUAUUAUGAUGAUCGGUGAUGGUAUCGAUGCUACUGUUAUCUCCGGUGAUCGGAAUAAAGUCGAUGGUUGGACUACAUUCCGAUCAGCUACCUUUGCGGUAAAUGGUCGAGGGUUUAUAGCACGCGAUAUUUCAUUUAAGAACACAGCUGGCCCUGAGAAGCACCAAGCAGUGGCAUUAAGAUCAGAUUCUGACCUCUCUGUAUUUUAUCGGGUUGGGAUAUUCGGCUAUCAAGAUAGCCUAUAUCCCCAUGCGAUGCGUCAGUUCUACAGAGAGUGCAGAAUCGCUGGUACUGUGGAUUUCAUUUUUGGAGAUGCCACAGCCGUGUUCCAGAAUUGCCAAAUACUAGCCAAGAAAGGAGGUCCUACACAAAAGAACACUAUUACUGCUCAAGGACGAAAAGACCCGAAUCAACCAACCGGUUUCUCCUUCCAAUUUUGCAACAUUUCAGCAGACUCUGACCUUCUACCAUCGGUUGGAACCAUCCAAACAUACCUAGGUAGACCCUGGAAGACUUACUCGAGAACAAUUUUCAUGCAAUCCUACUUUAGUAACAUAAUAAGUCCUGAAGGGUGGUUGGAGAUGAACGGAAAGUUUGCUUUGGACACAUUGACUUACAAUGAGUACAUGAACACUGGACCUGGUGCUGGGGUAGCUAGCCGAGUGAAAUGGCCAGGGUAUCGCGUAUUGAAUGAUUCGAGGGAGGCUGAAAAGUUUACUGUGGCUCAAUUUAUUGAAGGAAAUCUGUGGUUACCUUCCACUGGUGUUGCUUACACUGCUGGUUUGACAGUGUAAAGUAUAUUUAACUUGAAAAAAUUAAAUCAUUUGUCUCAGUAUAGUAUUGUAUUUAGUGAUUAAAACAGUUGUAAUUCAUAAUGGUUGCUGGUAUUGUAUUAAAGAAAGAUUAUGUAAAAGUAAAAGGAGAUGGGUUGCUAUUAACCCUACCUAAUUAAAUAGUACUUGAUUAUUAGAUUAGAUA